AUGUCAGCCCCGCAGGAUCCAACAGCCGAGGGCAACCUGCAAUCCGUCCUGCAUCUCGACGUCGACACGGCCAACAACAGCGAUAGCGAUUCGGCAUUCGGCGGCGAAUCCACGGCAUCCACGUCCAUCGCAUCGACUAUCCUCAACUAUGAAUACUCCAAUGGGCGGCGAUACCACGGCUACCGGUCCGGAUCGUACAUUUUACCGAAUGACGAGCAGGAGCAAGACCGCCUCGAUCUCCUCCAUCACAUCUUCCUGCUCAUCCUAGGCGGCAAGCUCUACGAUGCACCCAUCCCGCCUGCGCCCCAGCGCGUGCUCGACAUCGGCACCGGCACCGGCAUCUGGGCCAUAGACUUCGCCGACGAGCACCCAGGAGCACAGGUCAUAGGCACUGAUCUCAGUCCCAUCCAGCCAACGUGGGUGCCGCCCAACGUCAAGUUCUACAUUGACGAUGCCGAGUCGGAAUGGGUCUACAGUCCCGACGAGGCCUUUGACUUUAUCCACUGCCGAACCAUGUCUGGCAGCAUCUCCGACUGGGACAAGCUGGUGCGACAGACAUACACGCAUACCAAGCCCGGCGGUUGGGUGGAAUUCCAGGAGCCGCUUGCGUUGUGUGAGUGUGACGAUGGGACCAUGGAGCUGGCAACCGACAUGCUCAAGUGGCAGGAGUUGUGCCACGCUGCCGCUAAAACGUGGGGAAGGGACAUCACGGCCGGGGACAGCCUGAAGCAGCGGAUGACGGAUGCAGGGUUCAUCGAUGUUCACGAGAAGCUCAUCAAGAUCCCUAUCGGCCCUUGGGCCAAGGACGCGAAAAUGAAGGAAAUCGGCCGCUACCAGCGCGAGCACAUGUCCAUGGGCAUCGAGCCUUACACUCUCGGUCUCUUGGGCAAGGUCAUGGGCUGGAGUGAGUCUGAGUGCCGGGUCAUGAUCGCCAAGGUGGUUGCGGAUAUUAGGAGGAAGGAUGUGCAUAUGUAUAUCCGCUUCUACUUUACUCAUGGACGGAAGCCGACGUGA